UAACACUAAAUGUUUGUUGUGAUUUUCAAUUCUACGAUUUUCCUCAAUUAAUUAAUUAUCCGAGAUAGCCAAAAAACCACAAAAGUGUCCUGUAUGGAGCUUAGGCAAAGCCGCCUGUAUACAGCUUCACCAUGUCCAUGUUUAAGGCGCGUGUAAAGGAAUUCGAAGAUGUCCUAGCUGCCCCCCAGGACUUGAUCGACAUUAAGCAACUGCGAAAACUGACGUUUAAUGGUGUGCCCGAUGUGCAAAGUUUUCGAGCGCUCAGCUGGAAGCUCCUCCUGGGCUACUUGGGUCCUCGGCGCAGCAGUUGGACCUCGACACUGACUCAGAAGCGAGCCCUGUACCAGCAGUUCAUCGAGGAGCUAGUGCUACCGCCUGGUCAUGCGAAUAAAGGUUCCGGUGACGACGUGGAAUCAAGGGGCGUUGGCCUGCAAGAUCAUCCAUUGAGCGAGGGACCAGAGAGCGCCUGGAACACGUUCUUCAACGACAAUGAGUUUCUGUUGCAGAUCGACAAGGAUGUGCGGCGCCUCUGUCCGGACAUCUCCUUCUUCCAGCAGCCCACCGAUUAUCCCUGCGAUAUUGUGGUCCAUAGCAGAGGCGAGCACGGGCGGCGGCUGCAUGAAAGGGUGGUUCCUGCCGUGCUCAGCUCAGCGAACGUAGAACGGAAGGGCCUAGGCAUGACGAAGCAGCAAAUAAAUUUGAUUACUAAGCGCUCCGUGGAAAAUUAUGCCGCCAUGGAGGAGGGACAGGAAGCUCACUGGGAGGUUGUGCAGCGCAUCCUGUUCAUCUACGCCAAGCUUAAUCCCGGUCAGGGCUACGUGCAAGGCAUGAACGAGAUCGUGGGGCCAAUCUACUACGUUAUGGCCUCGGAUCCAGAUCUAUCGUACCGCGCCCACGCCGAGGCGGACUGCUUUUUCUGCUUCACUGCCCUGAUGGGCGAGAUCCGAGACUUUUUUAUCAAGACCCUUGACGAUGCCGAGGGUGGCAUCAAGUGUAUGAUGGCCAGACUAUCGAAUAUGCUCAAGGAAAAGGACAUUGACAUAUAUGAGCAACUGAAGAGCCAGGAACUGCAUCCGCAGUACUACAGCUUCCGGUGGCUCACACUGCUCCUUUCCCAGGAGUUUCCACUGCCGGAUGUGCUGCGCAUUUGGGACUCUGUUUUCUCAGAUGAGCAUCGCUUCGAUUUUCUCAUCAGAAUUUGCUGUUCCAUGAUAUUAAUCCAAAGGGAAGCUAUCUUGGAGAACGACUUCGCCUCAAAUGUAAAGCUGCUGCAAAACUAUCCGCCGAUCGAUAUUAAUGUGGUGAUUACCCACGCAGUGACGCUGGCGUAGCAAUCGCCUGAAAAGAUAUUUUCUUGCCCACAUGCUUUACAGCCUGUCUGAUAUCAAGGGAAUGAAACAAGCAAUCAACUACUUUAGUUAGCCUGAAUCUAAACGACCACUUACAGGAACCCCAUAAGUAUACAGCACUUACGGUUACUUUUUAUAUAACUGUUUGAUUUUUAUAUGUCAUUAAAACCAAGUAAUUUUAA